AUGCGGUUCAGAGACGGCCUAGUGGAAAUAAUCAGUGAAGAGGAUGCUUUGACUUUGGAGGUGCAACCGACUACUGAGGAGGUUAGAGAAUCAAUGUGGGAUUGUGUAUCAUCCAAGACUCCCGAAAGUGAUAGGUACAACAUGAACUUCAUAAAGGAGUAUUGGGAUGAAAUUGGUCCUAAAUUCACAGCAGCGGUGUUAGACUUUUUUCAGUCUUCUAGGCUACCGGCAGAUGCCAAUCUCACAUGGGUGGUGCUGGCACCCAAGUUUACUGAGGAAAAGGAAAUCAAAGAUCUCAGGCCGAUUAGCAUGGUAAGGAUGUUUGGGGAGGCGGUUAGAAACGGGCGCAUAUCUCCGUUACUGGUUCGUAAAGAGCAUAUUGAGCUGUCGCAUCUACAAUUUGCGGAUGAUACUAUUGUGUUAUGCCCUCUAGAGGAAGAGACCGUUAAAAAUUACAAGAGGAUUCUCCGUUGCUUUGAAUUGAUGUCAGGGUUAAGUAUUAACUUUGACAAAUCUAGCUUGAUUCCAACUAACUAUGAUGAUCGGUGGGUUCAACAUAUGUGCAGCGUAUUGGGCUGUAAGGAAGCCUCUCUCCAAGUUAAAUACUUGGGGAUCUCGCUAGGAGCAAACUCGAGAUUGGUGAAGACUUGGAAGCCAAUUAUAGACAAAGUGGAGGAUAAACUUAACAUAUGGAAAGCCAAGGUUCUCAAUAAACCCGGUAAGUUGGUGCUCAUCAAAUCUGUGUUAAACAGCCUCCCUGUUUAUUAUCUGAGUCUAUAUAAGAUGCCAAAGGCUGUUGCAGAGAAACUGAUUUCUCUAUAG